AUGAACGCGGACGCAGAGGCCGUGGAGAUCGCCGGGAUGACAGGACUGGCGAUCAAGAUGAUAGCCAAGAAUCCUCUGAACCCGAAAAGAGGAAAAGACCCCGGCAGGGAGACAAGAAAACCCGAAAAAAGGGUGACGAGAAGUCUACGCGGGGGAAGAGAAAAGGAAAGAGAGACUCAGACGACGAUGACGACGAGGAGGAUGAAGACGAGGAAGAGGAGGAAGAGGAGGAGGAGGACGACAAGAAGGAGGACGAGGAUGACGAAGAAGAAAAGGAGGAGGAAGAGGACGAGGAAGACACCAAGAAGACUCCGCCCAAGAAGGUUGGCUCAACCUUCCGUUCUGUGCCAGUCCUCUCAGAGAUCAGACAGUGCUGUCAACCUUCGAACUCCAUCACCAUACAACCCAUGCAUUCGAUGCAAAACACAGGGUUCACCUCACAUGUUAGCAUGCUUUGUACCCCGUCAAGGGCACGGCUGCAUGUGGGUUUUGAACUUGUAA